AGCUGAUGAAUAAUAUUUGUGGUAAAGACAUAUCUGAACUAGCUUGAGAUGUCAGUUAAACAAGUUCACAUAGAGAGAUCCUACUAUCAGUCCACCACUGCCCUUGACUUCAAACCUUCCAAAAAGAGUGCCAAAGACAUUUACAUAGAGCUACUCGACAGGGCACUUCAAGCAUUACAUUUCUUUAGAGAGGGGAAGCAGAGUGAUGCUGAGAAUGAAACUGGAAAAGACAUCCGUCUGCAUGCAAGUACCACAAAUAAUUUCAGUAAUGUGGACUUGGCGCUGGAGAAGGUAGUACAACUUCACUACCACUACCACCUCAACACUAAACUAAUGGCAGGAGCUAACAACUUGUUGGGAGCCAUCUCCAGCUCUCCUGCUGGCCGUGUGAGGACUAUUCUGAACGAGCUGUCUCACGAGAAACAUGAGGCUAGAUACAAAUUGAACGGCUUGGAGUCUGAGUUUAAAGAAUUCCUUGGAUACCUACACAUUGAGCCCAGAAGUUUGAUUGGGCACGGUCGACUCUGUGGUGGUGAUGUUUACGAGGUGACGGUUAAGAGCGGCACACAAAAGAUAAAAACUCAGUGCAAGAUCGACUCUUCUCUCAACCAGAAGUGGAAGGACACUCAGAAAUCAUUGAACCUGAAGAUAACGUAUCACGAGCAAAUAACCGUCAAGGUUAUCGAUAAGAGGAAAUACGAACGGAACAUCAACGUGGGAGAAGUUACGUUCAGUUUAAUGAAUUUGCUCUCCGUCAGACCCCUGAACAUUAUUGUUGCUCUGGGAACCUGCACAUCUCUCCGACUAAACUUCACGUUAGCCUGGACCCCCGUGGUGAAGGGACAGCAAAUAAACUUCGACCCGUUCGGACAACUGCCCUUCCAGGACACCGUCAUUGGUGGACUCUGCCAAGGGUUCGGAGGAGGGCUGAAACACAGAGCUACCAGUUUGGCGCAGUUACAGCAACUUACUAUCAAUGAUCCUAGCUAUGCUAUUCAGUGCUCAGUACCUAAAGGCUUGACAUCAGCUGUUUCUAUGAUGAGCAUAUCAGAGCAACCCGACCAGCCGUUAGCCGCACUGUUACAGGACACCAUCAUCUUGUAUGAGGACUUCGAACUUCAGUUCAGUGAAGUAAAGGACCUGUUGUCAGCUCUCAGACAGUUACGGAUAGACCUUCACCCAGCCCCUGCCGGUACUCCCCAACUUAGUACUGGCACUAUGUCCUCUGCAGCUUCAUCCCAGGAUAACGGUGGUUACUUCGGAUCAGUUGAUAAUGUAAGCAGUGUCCACAGCAGCCCUGCCCCCUACCCUAACAGCGUGACUCGGCUUAAUAUCAGUUCCCUUGCUCUAAACGACUCGCCCUCCAACUCGCCAUCAAACCGAGAAACAAAGUGGAUAUCCGAGAGCAUGCGACCCCGGAAUCGUAAGAAAUCCAUCUUCUCCUCCGUGCGACAGAAGAAGUACAAGCGGUAUAACGUACCGGUGGGACCGCUGUUUAAUAACUACGACCAGACUCUAAAGAAGACGCGGUUAACGUCGCGCUGCGCACAAGUGGACCGCUUCCUUGCCAUUCACCUCCAGUACUUGCAGGACGUGUGCAGUAACCUACAGUGCAGCUAUCUCCUAAAAACCCGGCAGCAGAGCACGCUGGAAGUUGUACGGGAGCACUGCGCUAUGUUUCUGCGUGUACGUGACUACAUACGCGACCGUCCCGAACUGAUAGCCGUCACUCUAGAACCACUGUUGUUAGAAGAUAGAUGGAGGGGACUUUGGAAUGUGCUAUCAGAGGACAAGUUCUGCACGAUAACAUACGACAAACUCUACUCAAAACUCUCCUCCCACUAUGGUCACAUGUUGCAAGAUACCCCUGACGAGAUGUUCAAGUACAUGAUACAGUGUAUUACUGACAGUGUUAAUUCUAAGUACAAUGAUGUUAACACCGCCACUGUUUGCCAGGUUAUACGAUAUUUCAAAGAACGCUCUACAAAUGGAGUUGGUCGAUUCAUCAGACAAUUCUCCCAAGAAUACGGUAUUGUACACGGUCUCAGGGCCCACUUGCUCAGAGACAGAGAGGAUGCCGUUCAGAGGUUCCAGAAUUUGUCAGUCAGCGGCACCAAGUUCCGUAUAGCCAUGUGCAUGUUGGGAAGCUCCCGAUCAGAAGCAGUUGCUCUUACAAGUUCCACUUUUACUGAAGUCAAGAACUCUGAGAGUAUGAGACAACUGGCAAACCAUGAAUGCUGCAAAGGACUAGAGGACGUGUCGCCCUACAUUCGCCACUGCGCGUGUCUAGCUAUAGACAUGUUGAAUGUUACCGACAGUGUCCAGCUACUUCAGAGGAUAGCUGGUGUUGAUCUCAGUCACAUCAGACACGCCGCUGUCAAGGUUCUCGAGCGAUGGGGACUGAAAGAAGACCCCCUAAAAGAAGGAGUACACCCUUACCUCUCCGUCAAAUUAGACCCCGACCUUCGUACAGAGGACGUGUUACACUUCUCUCUAAAGAUCCCUACCACUACCACUCUCUAAAUACCUCUUAUAUUUCGUGACGUCACUAUCCUUAUCAUGACGUCACUCCCCAUCACGUGACGUCAUACUUUAUUUCGCGGCGUCGAUCACUCGAGAUCCCUUGAGCGAUGAUCCGCCACCUUGUUGCCUUCAUGUGCUAUACCUGCACGUUUUAUUUUCAUACUCGAACUAGAACUUAUAUUUUAAAUAACUUAAUAAAUGUUGCAACCAAACGAAAAACGUGUUGGUGAAUUGUAUACAGACUUGUUAUACGUGUUUAAUGUUUUCGCGGGUUUUAUCGUUGUUUACACAAACUGUAACUUGGCUGAAAAAGGUCGAGUUGAUUUCUUUUUCUAUUCUCUUUUUAUUUGAUAAUAUUGAGCUCGUGAACUGGUUCAAGCUGAGGAAUGUGCAGAUUUAAAUGUAGAUUUAUUAUGUGACAACUGAUAAGAGUGCUUGGAAUUUGUUUUGUGGUUAUAAAGAUCGCACCGCGCUGGAUGCUUUAAGUAACGAGCGAGACCACUCUCAGUUGUCAGGGGACAAGUUGUAUGAUGACGUCACAAUUCGUUGAUAUCAUUGUAUGAAUUACGAGAUGUUACUAUUAUUUGUGCGAUACUGUUACAAAUGCUAUAUCGCCAUGACCAAUGGCUGAUGUCUGCAGGUGUAUUCCAUCGGAUAAAACUACCGGAUAUAAACUAACGAUGAUAUUCAUACUGUAAAUGCUGUUUGGGUGAUCAGCAUUGCUGUUUCAAAUGUUUUUAGAUUUGAACAACCAUCCCCAUCGUCUGUGUUCGCAGAUUUUCUUGCGACGAAUGGUAUUAAUAUUUAUUUCUAUCAAGAUUAUAUCAUAUUUUAAAGACUUACGCGUAAAGAUGGCUCAAGAGUCAACGACAAUUAAUUUUGUGCCUGGAAUUGAUUUGCACGACGAGCUGACUGACUGUCGCCUUGUAUUGGUAUUUUCCAUGUUAAAUGUUAAGAUGUUAAUGUUCCAGUUCACUCCUGAGCUCUUAAGUCCAAAACAAUGAACUUUAAUAUAACGUCGAUGUAUUGGAUUGUAAAUAAUUGGCAAUAAAUAUCAAUAUUUAUUAUUUUCAGAC